AUGGCGGAGCUGAACGCCCGCCUCGAGGCGCUGGAGCGGCGGCUGGAACGGGCGGAGGCGGCCCUGAGGGACUGGCCCCCCUGGACGCUGCUGCUCCCGGUGGAGCCAGUGACUUUCGAGGACAUCGCGGUGCACUUCAGCAGGCAGGAGUGGGCAAGCCUGGACGAUGGGCAGAAGGAGCUGUACAGGACCGUGAUGGAAGGCAACUACGAGAUGCUGGUGUCCCUGUACUGUGCCCUAUCCAAACCUGAACUCUUAUCUCGGAUCGAAAGAGCAGAAGAGCUGUGCACACUGGCGGAGUCAGACCUGGAAGAAGCAAACAUAUCUCUGCAGCCAGCCGUAGAGCUAAACUGCCCGAGCUGCGCGAGCAACAAUGGUCUGCUGGAGAUGACGACAAAGGAGCCUUGCGAGGGGAACUGUAUGGACCCGGAGGAAAGCAGGAGCCUGGCGGUCACAGCAAACUGCAGUGCCUAUGCCGAGGUGGGGAUCCCAGUGGAGGUACCGCAGGAGGAGGUUGCUGCGGAGAAGCUGGCAGUGCCUGAAACACCCCUGGAAGAGGGGGACGUGAAAGAUUCAGGGAAUGGUGGCCAAGGUCUGGCAGCAGACGUUCCCAAAGAACUGGGUAAGAAGGCGAUACCAGAUGUCUGCAGAGCAACGGCACAGGCAGAUCCCAGCUGCGCGGUCGCCGCCCCGGGAGAGGCCAUGGACGGCUCCUGCACGGGCCGGACUGCGGCCUGCCAGCGAAAUUCCACCCGGGAGAAAUUCUAUUCCUGCCCCGUGUGCAGGAAGAACUUUCUGCUGAAGAUCAACCUCAUCAUUCAUGAGCGGAGCCACAGCAACUGGGUGCCUUACAUCUGCGUGCACUGCAACCGCAACUUCAUGUCCAAGAAGAAAAUCCGGCGUCACCUACGGGCGCGAGCGGCUAAGGGGUUUUGCCAGUCCUUGGAGGCGGAGGAGCGCUCCGGCCGGGCCCAGUGCCCUGCCUCCCAGUCCCGACCCCUGAGCAGGGACCACAGCACGGUGUGGGGGAAGCCCAGCCCCAAGAGAUACCCGCUGUCACCUGGGAAAAUGAUGUAUACGUGCAACGAAUGCAUGGAAAGGUUCUCCAGCCAGAGCUUUCUGAUCCUGCACCAGCGACAACACACUAGCCACCAACUCAUUCUCUGUCCCUGCUGCAACAGGAGCUUCGCGUGGGUCUCUGAGUUUGUCCGCUACCACCGGUCCCACACGGGCGAGCGGCCCUACCAGUGCGGCGUGUGCCAGAAGACUUUCAAGCGGCACAACCACCUGAUCGUGCACCAGAGGAUCCACAUGCGGCAGGGGAGGCCGUACCCCUGCGGGGACCAGCUGCCCGAGCCCGAGUGGGGGCCCGAGGCCUGGCAGCCGCUCCCGCCGCAGCCCCACGGCCACGGCCCCCUCCCCGGCCACGGGCCCGGCCCCGAGGGGGACAAGGCAGCGGCGGUGCCCGAGAUCUCGCUGUGGACGGUGGUGGCGGCGGUGCAGGCGGUGGAGAGGAAGGUGGAGUCGCAGGCCCUGAGGUUGCUGAGCCUGGAGGGGAGAGCGGAGACGGCCGAGAAGAAGGUGACGGGGCUGGAGAAAGCGGUGCUGGAUUUCGGCAGUCGGCUGGAGCGCAGGUGGGCCGCCCUGGCCGCCCUGGUGCAGGAGAACACGCGGCGGCUGGAGCACGUCGAGCGCCAGCUCCAGCACCGCAGCCGCUGGGCACCCAGGCCCGGCCCGGGCCCCGGUGGGGACGAGCCCAAGGUGCCAGCGGUGUGCGAGGAUGACGCGGCCAGUUUGCCAGAGCAGGAGUGGGGGAGCUUGGACAGCCGGCAGAAGGAGCUCUGCAGGAUCAUGAUGAAGGGGAAUUACGAGGCUGUGGUCUCUCUGGCUACUGCUUUGGGAGCCCAGGACCCCUCUGGGUGCCCCACAGCUCCCGCUGUGCAAGAGCAGCCCUUUAUCGAGGGGAGCUGGUGCUGGUCCCCAGCAUCAGCAGUUCGUACUGCCCCUUCUUCCUUCCCAGGGCCUGGAGAUGCCAGCUCCAAACCUGCUCUGCUGCCACUGGCCAAUGAUGGGGAGGAUUUGGGUACGAGGACCCAUGGACUGCCAGAGAAGGGAGCUGUGUUGGGGCACCUUGGCGCCGGUGAGAAGAUUGUGAUCAAGACAGAAGAGCAGCAGCCCCAGGAGGAAGGAUCUGAAAUCCUGGCUUUGCCACAGGCACCCUCAGUGAGACUGGAAGAGGAGGUUCCCCUGAGCCAGGAGCAGCCAGUGCCCUGGGAGAGCCACGCUGGCUUGGACGAGCAGAAGGCAGCAGCAGAGGGCUUAGGGGAGUUUUGCAAACACGGGACCGCCCAGUCUGAAUUUAAGCCCGUGGUGGUGCCGGUGGAAGCUCAUCCUGCCCCGGGCUUGCCCUUCCCAACAGAGCAUGUGCUCGGUGUGGGGACUGACCAUCCGUUCACCCUGCCCCAGGGAAUGCCGCUGGGAGAAGACACUACCGCAGAGGUGGCCUCAUCACAGCCCAGCUUGGAGGAGCAUCGUCCCUGUGCCGUGGGGGAAGAGUCCCGCGCGCUCCCGCUGGGCUGGAAGAGCGUCCGGCUGAAGCGCAACCUCUUGGCACGGCAGCAGAACCAGGCGAGGAAGAACAAUGGGUCCUUCAUCUGCACAGCCUGUGGGAAAAGCCUGGCCCACCACGCCGCGCUGCUGCGGCACCAGCGCCUGCACACGGGCGAGCGUCCCUUCCAGUGCCCUGCCUGCGGGAAGAGCUUCAAUGAGAAGUCCAACCUCAACAAGCACUACCGCAUCCACACCGGGGAGCGUCCCUAUCGCUGCUCUGCCUGCGGCAAGGGCUUCAUCCAGAAGCACCACCUCCAGAAGCACCAGCGCAUCCACGGGGUGCAGCUGCGGGGUGGGUGGACAGGCCGGCCCGCGCGGGCCAGCGCUGCCGGGGAGCGGCUCUACCGCUGCAUCGAAUGCACGGAGAGCUUCCCCCAGAAAGCAUCGCUGGAAGAGCACCAGCGCCGGCACACCCAGCAGCGGCCCUUCCAGUGCAACGGCUGCAGCAAGAGUUUCCGGCACCGGCAGUCUCUGAAUCACCACCAGAAGGUCCACGCCAUUGCCAGCUCUCCUGCUGUCAGCUUGCCAAACCAUGACCGGGAGCUGGAGACCAGCCCCUGCAAGGCUUUGACCCAGGAUAAUCGGUAG